CCGAGCGCAUCUCGUCUCCUUCCUCCAUCCCGCACGAGCCGCCACUCUCCUCGUGCCCAACAACCCACCACGGUCCUUCAAAAUCCCUUCACCCUUCUCUCUUCUCGCCACACGCCGUCUCCCGAGCGCGACUUACGACCAUGAACGCUAGCGAACUCCUCGCGAAUACCCUAUCUGCCGAUGCACCUACGCGUCAGGAUGCGACCGCAAAGCUCGAGGCCGCGUCCCAGGAGAACUAUCCCGCGUACAUGAUGAUGCUCUCCACCGAGCUCGUCAACGAAAGCUCGCCCGCACACGUGAGGAACGCGGCUGGUCUCGCUCUUAAGAAUGCUCUGACCGCCCGAGAAAGCGCACGACAACUAGACUACUCUGGCCGAUGGCUCGCGCUCGACGAGAGCACGCGCAACAAGGUAAAGCAAGAUGGCAUGAUGGCCCUCGGCUCGACCACCACGAAAAUCGGCACCGUCGCCGCCCAGGUCGUCUCUGCCAUCGCGUCCGUCGAGCUCCCGCAGGGCCAGUGGUCCGAGCUGAUCGAGAUUCUCCUCGGCUUCGUGAACAACCAGUCCAACACGAACAUGCGCAUCGCAACGCUCCAGGCGAUUGGCUUCAUCUGCGAGACCAUUAAACCUGAGAUCCUGGCAAUGCGCUCGAACGAGAUCCUUACGGCUGUCAUCCACGGUGCGCGUAAAGAGGAGCCGUCUGCAGAUGUUCAAUUGGCGGCCAUCACCUCUUUGUUGAACUCUCUGGAGUUCGUACGCGAGAACUUUGAGCGUGAGGGCGAGCGUAAUUAUAUCAUGCAAGUUGUCUGCGAGGCGACACAAUGCAACUCCGUACCCGUCCAAGUCGGCGCGUUCGAGUGUCUUGUGAAGAUCAUGACCCUCUACUACGAGAAAAUGAGCUUCUACAUGGAGCGUGCUCUGUUCGGCCUUACUGUGAUGGGCAUGAAACACACGGAGGAAACCAUCGCCCUGCAGGCUGUCGAGUUUUGGUCGACUGUCUGCGAGAUCGAGACGGAUUUGGCAUGGGAAGCCCAAGAGGCCUCCGAAUACGGCGAGCUGCCCGAAAACGAAAGCAAGUUCUUCGCGAAGAUCGCGCUGCCCGAGAUUGUGCCCGUACUACUCCAGCUCCUCACGCGCCAGGAGGAGGACGCAGAGGAAGAUGAGUGGAACAUCUCCAUGGCGGCAGGGACGUGCCUGGGCCUGCUCGCGCAGGCCGUCACGGACACGAUUGUCCCCGCCGUCAUCCCAUUCAUCGAGGCAAACAUCAAGGCACAGGACUGGCACCACCGCGAGGCAGCCGUUAUGGCGUUCGGCUCAAUCCUCGAGGGCCCUGACCCAACCGUGCUCACGCCCCUCGUCAACCAGGCGCUGCCGAUCCUGAUCGACAUGAUGAAUGACCAGAACCUGCACGUCAAGGACACGGAUGCGUGGACGCUUGGCCGGAUAUGCGAUCUGUUGAUCAACACAAUCAAACCGGACGUACACCUCCAUCCGCUCGUGUCUGCGCUCGUCAACAGCCUGCAGGAUAACCCACGCAUCGUCGCGAACUGCUGCUGGGCGUUGAUGAACCUUGCGGACCAGCUAGGCUACAGCGAGGGCGACGACCAAUCGGCGGCGAACACUAACCCGUUGUCGCCGUACGUCGACGGCAUCGUGCAGGCACUUUUGCAUGUGACUGAGACUGCCAGCAACGAAGGCAACUACCGUACCGCUGCGUACGAGGCGAUCACAUCCUACGUUACGCACUCGUCCGCGGAUACCAUCCCCGUUGUUCAGAACACGGUGGUUGCUAUCCUUGCGCGGAUGGAGCAGUUGCUUGCCAUGCAAAAUCAGAUCGUCGGCGUCGAUGACCGCAACAACUGGAACGACCUGCAGAGCAACUUCUGCAGCGUCAUCAUCAGUGUUACGCGCAAAUUGGGCGAGGGCAUCCAACCACUGGCUGACCGCAUCAUGACCCUCAUCCUGCAGCUCAUGUCUGCAGCAGGAAAGACCUCGACCAUUCUCGAGGACGCCUUCCUCGUCGUCGGCUCGCUCGCAGCCUCCCUGGAGCAGGGCUUCUCGCCAUACAUCCAGGCGUUCCUCCCCUUUCUCUACCCCGCGCUCAAGGCCUUCGACGACACCCAGCUGUGCACAGUCGCUGUCGGCGUUAUCGGCGAUAUCUGUCGUGCGCUCGGCGAGCACAGCGCGCAGUACUCGAACGCGUUCAUGGGGGUGCUGCUGGAGGAUCUGUCGAGCGAGGUUCUGAACCGCGACGUGAAGGUGUCGAUCUUGUCGUGCUUUGGGGACAUCGCGCUGGCGAUUGGGCCUGCGUUCGAGCCGUAUAUGCAGACGACAAUGGGCGUGCUGCGGCAAGCUGGGGCGGUGCAACCAAACCCGCUCGACUUGGACAUGGUUGAGUACGUCGCAUCUCUGCGGGAAGGUAUCCUCGAGGCAUACACUGGUAUCGUCACGGGCAUCAAAAACACGGAGAAGUCCACGCUGCUCCUGCCUCACAUUCCGCAUAUACUCGAGCUCAUUCAAAAGUGCAUGGCGGACAGCGAGCGGACGGACUCUGUCGUGAAGUUGUCUUUCGGCCUCGUCGGUGAUCUCGCAGACACCUUCCCUGAUGGCCAGAUCAAGCAGCUUCUGAUCGCGGAGUGGCUAUGAACGAGCUGCGUGCGAAGGGUCGUUACCCACAAGACGUGAAGAAGACUCUGCGCUGGGCACGCGAGAUGGUCAAGCGGGCCACUGCAUAGAUAUCCUGAUGAGCUGCGUCGACGGGCUCGACAGUCGUGUUUCUCGUUUUGUUUUCUUCGUUCAAUAAUCUCGAUCCAUCUCCUACGUCUCAUGUCUCGCACUCAGCAUCUCGCCUCUGAAGGAGGCACGUCAUCCGCAUGCACUGCACAGUAGAGCGGGCGCCCCAUCGCGGGGCCCGCCACUCAUGUC